CUUUAGUUUUGUGCCGGCUGGACCGAGCACAGCACACAGGACACAUUCUCCUUCCCGGCUGCGAAGCGACCGGACAGUUCGGCUCAUCAGUCCAACUUAAUCGCUCGACGCGGAUAGUUGCGUUGGCGAUUCGAUUAAAAACGAGCUCUUCUUUGGAACAUCAGCCCCCCCCCCAUUCAUUCAAAUCGAGGAGCCAUUGCGAACAUUUAAAAAACAAACGAGUUACGAAUUUCAUCCCUCCGCCCGCUCCGUUUGUUCGACUAUUAACUAACAAAAUAAAAAAAAAGAAAAGGAAUUGCUAAUUUUAAAACAACGGUGGAUAUUCUGUAUUGGGCAUAGUGUGCGCCGAACUUGAAUUUCAAAUGCCCCAGUGAAAACGUUGUGCGUCGCUGUUGCAGUCAAGGAUUUCUUUUUUUUUUUUUACAACAACCUUCUCCGGGAUCGCAUAAUUACAGCAUCCAAGGCAACGAGACGUUUUCAUCGCAACUACCACUCAACACAGAGCUGCCUCGUCGGCUUCAAUAUAAAAGAUGGAGAGCUGCUACGUACCCAACAAUCCGAAUUUCGCCUCGGUGGACCAGUGGACUCCUCCAAGUCCGACCUCGCCGCCCGUCACUUCGUCGGCGGAAGUGAAACAGCAUCAACAUCACCAACAACAACAGCAGCAGCAACAGCAUUACGUUCAUCACCACCACCAUCAUCAUCACGAUCCUGUGAUCCAACAAUUGUGCGACUCUUCCGAAUUGGUCCAUUCCGCCAAUGCAAUUUCUUCGUCAUCCGCAAAUGAUCCCUCUAGUCAAUUGACUUCUCUUUCCGCUUUGCCACCUGUGCAGGAACUGUUGGGUCCGUGCCGAAGUCCAACCAACGACGGAUCCGUCGGUAACAAAGAUCGUGGUGGAGAUCCAUUUUCUAGCUACUCGCUGACAGCGUUGGAUUUCGAACCGCUGCCCGGUUUUCUGACUCUCAGUUCGUGUGCCUCUUACAAACAACAUCAAGAAAUGGCUGACUUGCCAUUGAGUUUCAAAUCUAGCCAAUCGUCUCAUUCGAUUGGCAAUUACGGCUCCUUGUAUUCUAAUCAUCACUCGCCGCAACCGCAUCCCCAUCAACAAGGGCCCAUGUCUCCAUUCUCCGCGGCCGUUGCAGCUGCUACCCAACAGCAGCAAUCGCAAAAUUCCGUCAUGAACGGAAACUCAGGCAGCGCUCAGUGCCAAUACUCGUUCCACGGACCGACAACGACGUCAAGCCAAACGGCCAAAAUGCCCCAUCAUCACCAUCCUCAUCAUCAUCCGCACCAUCAGCCAACGUCAGCGAGUUCGACGCCAUCGUAUCAGGAGAGUAAUUACGGAGGGGCCGGAUGCGGAAGCGCCGGAAUCUUCCCCUCAAUGAGUGUCAACGUCUCGAUGAACAUGACUAUGGGCAUGGGAAUGAGUAUGGGACCGACCAUGAGUUAUGGAAUCGAAACUGGUGCACCGCUCCAAUGCUGGAACACCCACAACGUCACGUCCGGCAUUCACCACUUACCGGGAGUGGCAGCAGCGGCUGCGGCGGCCGCAACCGUCACAGUCAAUCCAAACAACACGGGAUAUCCCAUCGCCCCACCAGCUCAAGCUCUACUUAGCCCAAUCCAGGUUUCAUACAAUUCAAAUAUUUACCCGACAUCAUUUACACCUUCUUCGGCAUCGGGAUACUGUUUGCCCGGCGAUUGGCGGCCUGCCGUCGAUCCUCCAGGUUUCUACGAACUUAAGGAACUUAAAGAAUCGUCGCCCAGCCCAUUCAGCAGCGGAGGAAGCAGCAAAAACUUCGCAAAGUCAAAAUCUUCUCCCACUGUCCACCAGCAAAGUAGCUAUUCGGCUUAUCCAUCUGCGGAAGCUUAUCCCAUCCCAGCCGGAAGCACCAGCCCCGUGGCGGUGAAGAAACGUUCCAUCCAGGUGAGGCAACCCAGCGUUACGCCUACUGUGCCCAGCUUAACACCGACAGUCGACUACGAUGGAGAAUUGGUCUGCGGGAGCGGAAUCUCGAACAGCAGCAGCAACAGCAGCAUCGGAUUAGGAACCGGCCAGGGCAAAGCCAAUUUGUGUCGAGUAUGCGGCAAGACUUACGCGAGACCCAGUACGCUCAAGACGCAUAUGCGGACCCAUUCGGGAGAGCGGCCGUACCGAUGCGGUGACUGUCACAAGUCUUUUAGUCAAGCGGCCAAUUUGACGGCUCAUGUACGGACCCAUUCGGGAGAAAAGCCAUUCCGCUGUCAAAUUUGCGACCGGCGCUUUUCGCAGAGCUCGUCCGUCACCACCCACAUGCGGACGCAUUCGGGUGAACGGCCUUACCGUUGCCGAAUGUGCAAAAAGGCCUUCUCCGACUCGUCGACGCUCACCAAGCACAUGCGGAUUCAUUCGGGCGAGAAGCCCUACCAGUGCAAGCUUUGCCUGCUCCGCUUCUCCCAGUCGGGCAACCUCAAUCGGCACAUGCGGGUCCAUUCGGCCACGUCGUGAUCUGUUUCUGGGAGUUUACGUCUCUCUUUGAAGGGAAAGAAAAAGCAAAGCUAAUUAUAAAUAAUAACAACAAUAAUAAUAAUAAUAAUAAAAGAUGUCCAAACGUACAUCCUUACAGGAGGGAGGGCUUGUACAGUGUCUAUCAAAUAACUUGUAACUCCCAACGAGUUUUCUGUUUUCUCUUCUCCCCUGAAACCAAAGUUUUGUGUGUUGCCAAUACCAUAACAGUGUUCCUUACAGUUCCACUUUGGCUUGCGACCAAGGGAAGUUUCUGUUCGGAAAUCCAUUUUAAUAUUUACGACUGAUCUCACAUCACAUGUAAAAUAAUACGAUAUCGAAUACACU